UGUGUCUCCCAAAGACAAGUGCGUUUUGACGCUGAAACCGAGCACACUCAGCGGGACUAAAGAAGCCAUAGAUCAAGAGUUUAGGAAAACUGAGCCUUCAGGAAUCCAGCACGGUGCCUGUCAACUCUAUAUGCAACUCCAACCACCUCUUACUGUUCAAACUACUCGAGUAAAAAGGGAGGAGCCGCUCGAAUCAACUCCAGUUUAUAUCUUAUCAUAAGAAACCAGCGCCCAACUGCUGCUACUGCACAGCUGCUCCUCUGAGGCGAAUUAAGUUCUUCGAUCCAGACGAAUUUGCCAUAUAUCAGCGGCGCGAUGGGAGAUUUGAUCUCAACUCACCUGGAUGAAGGCAAACGGGAGGUUAUAACAGCACGGACAGGGGAGCUGAUGGGAGAUUUUGGUCGGCUAUAUGAACAGCAGUAUGCAGUCGCUCUCUUUAACCAGAUGCGCUAUGACGUAGAGGGUGGAGGAGGCCCUCAGCCUCAGCUUCUGCACAGGAAGGUGCCUCUUAAGAAUAAGUCCAUCUUUUCGGGGACUUUGUUUCAGUAUCUAGAAGAGAACAAAAAAUGGAGGAAUCGUUUUCUCUUUAUUCCUGACUCCUAUAACAUCAACUAUUAUGAUAACAAACAGGCCCAUGACAGAGGGCUGCAUCCUAAAGGCACCAUUAACUGUGCUGGCUACCGGGUCUUGACCUCUAUGGAGGAAUAUCUCGAGCUCCUUAACACCAGCCUACCAGGUGUAAAAGCUAAAGUUGGCAGUUCUCCAUUCCUGAAAUGUGCGACGCAGUUUCCCCUCAUCCUCUGGCACCCUUAUGCUCGCCACUACUAUUUCUGCAUGGUGACCGAGAAGGAGCAGCAGAAGUGGAACGCCGUCUUUCAAGACUGUGUCCGACACACCAACAAUGGACUGCCUGAAGAAUGUAAAGUUCAGACCCCGGCAUUCACAGACGCAGUGCGACUUUAUCGGCAGGCCCAUGGUCAUUAUGGAACCUGGGACAUGAUGUGUGGGACGCCUCCACAGAUCCUCGCCAACUUAGUCAUGGAGACCCUCCUCCCUGAGAUGAGAGACCUCAUCACCCCCAAACUGAAGGGCAAGAUGCAUGAAAGACAGAGGAAUUGGAUGUUGAUAUCAGAUGCAGUGUACGGGCUGGUUCAGAGCCAGGCUCAGGCGCAAUAUGAAGCAGUAGUGCAGAGCUGUGAAGCAGGACGCCCCCCACUCGAAACCACCAUCCGCACGGACAUGGACCAGAUUAUCACUUCCAAAGAACAUGUGACCAGCAAAAUAAGAGCUCUUGUGCUGCCCAAGGCAGAGAAGCUUCUGAAGGUGAGCAUCCAGCCGUACAUCAGCUCAAUCCUGGAAGCACUGAUGGAGCCCACCAGCAGAGGGUUCUUCGAGGUGCGAGACUUGUUCUUCAGAGAGCUGGUGGACAUGAGCAAGAACCUCCUCAAUGAUGGCAACAAGGAAAAACUCGGCGAGCACAUGGAGAAGAUCUCCAUGCUAGCCUUCCAUCCUGUAAAGAUGCAGAGCUGCUAUGAGAAGAUGGAGACUCUGAGUUUAGAGGGACUGCAGCAGCGCUUUGACGUUUCCAGCCCCUCUGUGUUUGUCCAGAGAGCCCAAAUCCUAAUGCGAGAGCAAAUGGAUGAUGCGGUGUACACAUUUGAGCAGCUCCUGCACCAGAGUUUGGAAGGCCAGGAAGGGGAGGAUCUCUGUAAAACUAUCCAGCGCUGUCAGGAUCGUGUCAUCAAGAAAUUUGACUAUGACAGUAGCACAGUUCGUAAGAAGUUCUUCAGAGAGGCUCUUCUGCAGAUAUUCAUCCCUUACAUGCUGAAACAGCUCUCCCCAUCAUGCUCUGCUGAACUCCCUCGUUUCCAGGAACUCAUUUUUGAGGAUUUCUCUCGUUUCAUUCUGGUGGAGAACAUCUUUGAGGAAGUGGUGCUGCACACGGUGAUGAAAGAUAUAAUGAUGGCUGUGAAGGAAGCAGCCGUCCAGAGGAGACACAACCUGUACCGAGACAGUAUCGUUUUGACCAACAGCGACCCUAACCUUCUCCUGCUGGGGGAGAACCCUCCUAUCGACUGGGCUGAGGAGUAUGGAGGAGGCCAAGAGGAGGUGGAUGGAGAGAGCGCAGGAGAUCAUGAGGCUCAGAAGAGGCGCAGAAUGAAGCAGGUGGUCUCCAUGAUCCAGCUGGAAGGCACUCCCUCAGUGCUGCCCAACGAGUCGUGCCUGGAUGUGCCCGCCGUGGAGAAUAUUCCAGAGGAGGAGACUGAGGUACGUUCAAAUGCCUCAUUAUCUCAAAAGUCAGAGAAGCAAGUGCCCAACGGAACCAAAGAGGAUGUGAACAGAAAUGCGGUUGAGGAGAAACCACCAACAAACAGAAGUACACUAAAAGAGGAAGAAAGCACAACAGAAAAGUCACUGCAGGACACAGCGAGCAAGUCAGCCAUAGACUGUGCCAUACAGGAAAUCAAGAACGCAGUACAGGAAGAGGAGCAUGAGCUCAGGAUACAGAAAGCUGCAGAGUCAUCAUCCUCAAAAGAGGAAACUGCAGCUGAGGAGGUAGAUUCCGCCCCAAAUUGCCAAGAAGGGGCACGACUAAACCAAGCAGACACAAACAGAGAUACACCUUCAAGCACAGGGCAGAAGCCUUUGGAUUCACCAAUAAGGGAAGUGGAAGUCAUGUCGGCAUCGGAACAACAGGAAAAUCACAUUACGGUAAGCACUCAAGACUCCCACAUGGAAAAAACCAUCGCUUCAUCACAGCACGAUGACAGCGGAUUCCAGUUGCCCACUAAUGAAGCAGAAGGGGAGGAGCAUCAUACGGCAAAGGAGGAGUGCAGUGACUCCGAAACGGAUGAGGACGCUGGGAAGGGAGAAAGUGCACAUAUGGAUCGCCAGUGAAAUAUCUCAUAACUCUAUUCAUUUGUUGUGUUUGUUCCUUUAAACAGUAAGUAAAUGUAUCACCCACUGCUCUUAAAAGACUUUUGAAUGAGUGACAGGAGCUUCUUUUUUUUUGUCUGUAAACACUUUUGUCUCGCUACUCUUG